CUCCUCCUCCUCAAACUGUCUCCCUCAGUUUAGAAGCACUGCGAUUAAUGAGUUGGCAAACUACGACACUUUGCUAACCGUAUUAAAAUUUGACAAACAUAUAUAAUUAUCUUCAAAUACCCGGGGAAAAGUCAAGAAAACGACUGCUGUUGAGAAAGGCAAACUGAUCCAGGAAGAGGGAUUUAUUUUCCUUCAGCAUUCCUGAUGGAGUCAUACCAAGUGACUAGCAUUCCCAAUAGUGGACCACAGCGGGGCUACAUCCAAACAUCUCGCACCACCCGGCUCCACAGUAAUGCCGGUGGCACAUAUGGUCUGAGCAUCCGAGUCCAGGGUAUAGACGGACAUCCCUAUGUUGUUCUAAACAACCAGGACAGAGGUCCUCAGCCCUACAUUGACCCUAAUAGUAAUGACUACAUUGACACAGAAGGCUCUUUUAUUGAGAACUACCAAGAAUAUGAUUUCCGAGGAGACAAAGAGGGUGGACCCAAGAACCCCUUCAAGGAGUACAGGUCCCAGAAGAUGAUGCAGAAUGGCUCCUCAGAUUCACAAGCAAAUAAAGCACAAAACCUUCUGAAUUUUCAGAGGCAUCCUGAGAUAUUGCAGCCUUAUGAUCCAGAAACUAACUCUCUAAACUUCAACAGUCUACCUUCACGUCCAAUGUCUCUGGCUGAGACUGGAACUCGGUCCUCAUCCACUGUAUCUGCGCCGUCCCACACCAGAUCCAGAUCUUCUAGUCUAGACCGUAACAAAGCUUUCGCAGAAUUGAACAAAAGACAACUUCCAUCUCCAAGCCUGACUGAUGCUUCAGGGCAAAAACCCAAAUCACCUUCUCAGGCUCCCACCCAGCUUGCUCAGCUGCAGAACAAGUCCGAGCCACAGGUGGCUCAGCCGCAAUCCAAAGCUCGUCUCUGCAAUCAGAGUCCACCUCAGUCCAAAUCAACACCUAAAGGUUUUCCCCAACCGUCCGCCAUGUCUAGUUCCACGAGUGAGCAUAAUAAAACAUCAUGCAGAUCCCCCACAUCAUUGAGCAGUACCAACUCCAGCCUGGAACGCAAAUGCCGCAAGCCAGAUGUCCUUCCGCUGAGGAGGUCUGACUCCAGUGGACCUGUCCUUCAGUCUACUUCUCGCUCUCGCCACUCCUCAUCAUCCUCCACAUCUAAACUCCAUGUGGAUGAACAAAUUGGCGCCCUGUACGCAGACACCAUCAACCGCCACGAGAACCGGCGCUACAUCCCUUUCAUCCCCGGGUCUGGCAGAGACAUUGACACACACCACAUCCCAGGUGUUGAUGAGCUUAUUGAGAAGUUUGACAGCAAAGAUGGCAGCCACCAUCGACGGGGACGGGCCGGACGAAGAAACAGGAUCAGUCCAGAGGACCGGAAGCGCUCUCACAGUGUGGAUAGCGCCUUUGGACGUACUGACGCAUCCAGCCCAUUGGAUCAGUCCAGCCGUCGUCGAGGCACAUCCAUGGAACACGUCUUACGACCCUCACAGCUCCGGUUGCAGAGGACAGCUGGGAAUCAGGACGCCUGGUACAUGGUCAACUCAACGCCACGGUCUCGUGCCACCAGUGAACCCGGCUCUCCCCAGAACACCAUGUCUACAGGUGUAGGCUAUAUCCAGGGAUACAAAAAACCCCAGAGCCAUUCGUCUGUUGCCGUGCUCAAGAAUAAAGACACAGUGGAUAGUGUGUCUUCAGGAGGCAAGCUGUCUUUAUCAAAGUCUUCUGCUGCUGACAAAAAGACUACCACAGACACAAAUGUACAGGCAACACCGGAUCUCCUGAAAGGUCAGCAGGAGCUUUCACAACAAACACACGAAGAGACAGCUAAACAGAUUUUGUUUAAUUACCUAAAGGACGGAAGCAACGAUAAUGAUGAAACAACCAAGAGAAAGGUCAACCUUGUCUUUGAGAAGAUUCAGACAUUGAAGUCUCGAGCCACGACAGGCACUCAAGAUGACAAAUCCUUGGGUCUGUCUGCACAAACCAAAGCUCUGCAGGAGCAGAAUGCUGCACUGGAGAAAAAAAUGGCCCAACUGAAACAACAACUGGAGGAACAAAGCACGACCCAUAAGGCGGACAGCAUGGCGGUUGCAGGUGUGAAGGAGCUGCAGCUGGAACUGGACAGGAUUGCAGCAGAGUGCAAACGCUUGAAGGAAAAAUUGGCUAAGGCAGAAGCUGAGCUCCAGACCACACUUGAAGAGCUGUUCCAGGUGAAGAUGGAGCGGGAGCAAUACCAGACAGAGAUCAGAGACCUGCAGGAUCAGCUGUCAGAGAUGCACGAUGAGCUUGACUCGGCUAAGACCUCAGCUGCUGAUGGAGAGAAAGACGCCAUCAUGGCGGACAUAAUGGAACUGAAGGUAGAAUUGCAAGAGGUUCUCUUGGCCAAGGAGGAGCAAGAGGAGGUCCUGAGGAGGCGGGAGAGGGAACUGACCGCUCUCAAGGGAGCCCUCAAGGAGGAAGUGGCUGCUCAUGAUCAGGAGAUGGACAAGAUGAAAGACAAGUAUGAGAAGGAGAUGAGUCGACUACAGAAGUCUUUGGAGGAGGCCAAACAGAGCAGCACAACAGUUGUCCAAGAAAUGGCUGAAGUGGAAGCGGCCAAGGGCGUGCUGGAGGGCCAAGCUGGGCGUCUGAGCCAAGAGGCGGAACGGCUACGCAAGCGAGCUCAAGAGCUGGAAAAUGAAGUGGCCAAACUCAAUCGCAUCAUCGACGAUGCCAAACUGCAGGAGAGCAAGCUGGCAGACAGAGUCACACGAUUGGAGAGAGAAAAGAAGCAGUUGGAUGAGUCUUUAAGUGAGAUUAAGGAGCAAGAAGAGGAGAUGUCUCGUGCCAACCGAGCAUUGACAUUACGGCUUGAAGAUGUGCAGAGGAAUUUGUCCAAGCUGAGCAGCGAGCACAAGGAGUUGCAGGAGAGGCUGCAAGAGGAGAGGGAUCAGAAGGAGCAGUUUAAGAAUAUGAAGAAUGACAUUGAGGACGAGAGACGCCUGCUGGACCGAACGGUGGAGAAACUUCAGAAAGAGAUGAACGACAUUGUAGAUGCAUCCCAGUCGUCUACCCGAGAGCUACAGGAGCAGAUUGAUAUUUAUAAGGAAAAGAACCGCAGAGAGCUGACGGAGCUGCAGAAGUUACUGAAGGAGCGAGGCCAAGAGCUUGACAAGUACCUACUGGCUGCCCAAACUCUGCAGGAAGAGCUGUCCCACCGAGAGGAGGACCUGCAGCAGUGUAAGCAGGAGCGUGACGAUGCUACACUCAGAGAAAAGGUGUUGGAGAAAAAGGUUCAUGAACUAGAAGUCUAUAUGCAGACCCACACUCGUACCAAGGAUGAUAGAACCAGACAGAUCAAACUCAUGGAGGACAGAAUUGCUCAGCUGGAGCUGGACUUGGAUGAGGAGCGUCAGAAUGGAGACCAGCUGAUGGACAGGCUAGACCGAGGUCGAGAGCAGGUGGACCAGAUGAGGAAUGAACUCCUGCAGGAGAGGGCUAGCAGGCAGGACGCAGAGUGUGACAAGAUGGCUCUGGAGAGACAGAGCAAAGACCUGAAAAACAAAGUGGCUGAUUUGGAGGGCUCCCAGAAGACCAACAAGGUGGGCAUGGUAGCACAGUUGGAGGAUCGCAUUCAUGAGCUGGAGGAGCGUCUCGAGGGAGAGGAGAGGGAACGAGCCAACCUCCAACUGUCCAACCGUAGGCUGGAGAGGAAGGUGAAAGAGAUGGUGAUGCAAGUCGAGGAGGAACAUCACACCAUUCAAGAUCAAAAAGACCAAUUAAACCUGCGUCUGAAGGCCUUGAAGAGACAGAUGGAUGAGGCAGAGGAGGAGAUUGACAGACUGGAGCACAGCAAGAAGAAGCUGCAGAGAGACUUAGAUGAGCAACAAGAAACCAACGAGCAGCUGCAAAGUCAGCUCAAAUCUCUGCGCAGUGAGAUGAGGCGUAAGAGCACUUCUGCGCCGCUGCUGACCAACCAGGAUGACGACGACGAUGACGACGAUGACAUCAGCACAGACGGGGAAACAUACUUCAGCUCCACAUCCAGCUAUAAGCGCUCUUCAAGUCAGGACAACCUUCUGUCCACCUUCAGCUUGUGAAGUAAAGAAAUAUUUCAUCACUCUUGGACCUAUCAGAUGAUACCUUCAGUUUAUGAGCUGUAAAAAGAACUUCACAACCAACCACUCUGUUUGUUCCGUGAAUAUUUGUGUUUAUAACACAGCCAUCAUGUAUUUACAGUAUGGACGUACACAGGAUAAGGAUACAAUGGGGAGCCAUGAAAUUCCUUCAGUAUUAUUUGAGCAGCUCUGAGGUCUUUCUAAGAGAGAUGAGGUGUCAAUACUGUUUUUAGAUGGAUUGUCCACAUUCCAAGUGAAGCGUGGUCUGUUUGUAAACUUGAAGGAUGCACUGCAUACAUAGUACUGCCUCCGCAUGAAACAGCUGAAAUUACUCACAGCCUUCAUUUUUAUAGUAAAUGUUUCAUUAGGGUUUUUUUUUUUUAAUUACUGUUCGCUUAAAUGAAAUGUAUUUUGUAUGAAUGAAGAUCAAACCUGAAUAUAUGAAGUCAUGGUGUCUGGAUCUUUUUUUAUAUACUGUAUUUAUUCAUGCUUAUACAAACACCAAGCCUGGCUGGACGUUGGAUGUGGAGUUAGCAUGCGUGGGUUUUCUCCGGGUACUCCGGUUUCCUUCCACAUUCCAAAAAUAUCCACUUUAGGGUCAUCGGCUACUCUAAAUUGUCCAUAGGUAUGAAUGUGAGGUAAAUGGUUGUUUGUUUAUAUGUGCCCUGUGAUUGGCUGGCGACCAAUUCCAGGCUUCCAGUAUACCCGCGCAACCUUUGAUGGGGUUUUAGAGAACAACAAAUGAGGGAUUCAUUUUUCACAAAUAUGUUUUUAUAUAUCGUUUGGCAUCUACUGAAGUCUUUAUUCUGUCACUCCCCUUGCAUUAUUAUGUCUUGUAGUGAUGCUUCAAUGAGCUACCAUUGAAUCAUUUACACAACAAAUGAACAAAAAUGAUUUUGCUUUAUUUGGGUUUCAUCGCAUCUCUUAAUUUUCCAGAUGGAAUGUGAUAAACUGACAAUCAAAGUGUUGCACCACUGUAAUUAUUUGCACUCGUCUUCGUCUCCCUUUAUAACUAACAGAGUGGAUUUUAAGCUAAUUCCUGCCACUACCUCUUUGUACACAUUUGAGUCUUUUAUACUGUAAAUCCUGCUGUGACUUCAAUAAAGUUACUUCUCGUGCUA